UACACCCUGGACAAGUCGCCACCUCAUCGCAGGGCCAACACAGAUAGACAGACAACAUUCACACUCACAUUCACACACUAGGGCAGUGGUUCUUAACCUGGGUUCGAUCGAACCCUAGGGGUUCGGUGAGUCGGCCUCAGGGGUUCGGCGAAGGUCAAGACACACCCGACUCAUCGUGUAAAUAAUAACUUCUCCCUAUCGGCGUGUUAUGGAUACCCCCAAACGAUGUUCCAGCUAAUGUUCCAUCUGGUUUAUAGUUGUGUAAUUUGUUGUGAGUUCACGCACUGUGUUGGUGUUGUUCUUUGAACAAAGUGAUGUUCAUGCACGGUUCAUUUUGUGCACCAGUAAAACAACAUAACUAAAAAAAACAAAAACAUUCACUAAAGAAGGGUUCGGUAAAUGCGCAUAUGAAACUGGUGGGGUUCGGUACCUUUAACAAAGUUAAGAACCACUGCACUAGGGUCAAUUUAGUGUUGCCAAUCAAACUAUCCCCAGGUGCAUGUCUUUGGAAGUGGGAGGACGGGGGAGGACAUGCAAACUCCACACAGAAAGAUCCCGAGCCCGGAAUUGAACCCAAGACUAGUCAGGACCUUCGUAUUGUGAGGCAGCACUAACCCCUCUUCCACCGUGACGAAAUGUGCGUGCUUCAUUUUUGUUCAAAUAAAUGUGGACGUUAAAAUCAGCCACUGGAGGGAGCCGAUCAGCGUCCCUGAAAGUGUUAGCACCGCCCCUGCGGGGGCUUGGCGGCCUUCCAUUGGCCAGCCGGUGUUGAGGUGUCCUAUUUCCCUUUGGGGGCCCUGAACACACCGAGGAUUGCAUUCCUAUGGGAUUUAACGGAUGAGCUAAAGUUGAUAAAACUUGUUGUUUCCUGCUCAAAACUUUGAUUUGAGCGAUUAAGUUGAUCAACAAAGUUUUCCCCCAACACCGACUCCAUUUCGGACCGAGUUGAACCGCGCUUUUGGGUUGUGUCUCGAACAAUGUCCGCUUCGACUAGAGAAGGCGGCGAGGAGUCGGAGACCCCCAGGGCGGUGUGUAAGGUGUGCGGAGGUUUGUACCGGGAGCCCAGAAUCUUGCCCUGUUUGCACACCUUCUGCUUGGACUGCAUCAGCCAGCUGGAGCCCUUCUCGGGGGGCGCGCCAGGUCGGCACCGGGGCGGCCCGAAUGACGACCACGGCGGCGGGGCGGAGAGAGUCGAGAAAGGCAGCGUGACGGUGCUCUGCCCCCAGUGUGACUCCGAGGUGCGGCUUCCGCCGUCGGGGCCGGCCGGGCUGAGCACUGACCACCUGGCGCUGGACGAGGUUUUCCUGGAGACUCUGGUGAACGACGGCCCGCUGGGAUGCGACCUGUGCGGAGAGACUGGCGCCCAGAGCCGCUGUGACGUCUGCUGCGUCAACUUGUGCGAGUUCUGUUAUCAAGCGCACAGGCGUCAGAAGCGCACGGCGUCUCACUCCAUUCAGCGGUUGGAGGAUCUCAAGUCUCGGGGCGGUCUCUGUCGUCCCGUCUUGUGUUCCUUACAUCCCGGCCAGGAGCUCCGCCUCUUCUGCCAGCCAUGUGACCUUCCUGUCUGCCCCGAAUGCGCCGCCACGCUGCACUGCGAGCACCGCUGCAGCCCCGCCCACGAGGUCGUCGACCACCACGGGGACCGCAUCAGGGCGCUGAUCAGCGAUCGCCUGCGGCCCCGCCUGGACCGUCUGGAGCAGACCCUGCAGAAGGUGGAUCUUUCCCAGGAGGCUUUGCAGGAAAGAUUUGAGGCGACAGCCAAUGAGGUGAAGGCGUUCGCACGAGGAUACGCCCACGCAGUGGAAACUCACUGCCUGUCUCUGAUGCGCCGCCUCGAGGAGCUCCGCCUACAACACAGGAACCAGCUGUUGCUGCAGAGAGCCCAGUGUCAGCAGGCGCUGUGUGACGUGCGUGGAGGCGUGGACUUUGCUGAGAAGUUGCUGAGUCGUGGUUCCCACGCCGAGAUCCUCAGCGCCAAGAACGUGACUUUGAGGAGGCUGAGCUUCCUGGCGGAAGCGAGUCGAGACCCUCAGUUGGCGGCGCUGGUUCUGGACGACGGCGGCGGCAUCCGCUUCGACUGCCGGGAGGCGGCGGGGGAGGCAGGGGGAUUCCCUCUGGUGGGCGUGGUCCACCACACAAUGGCGGACCCUCACAAGUGCCGCGUAGAAGGAGAAGGCCUCCAGCAGGUCUGGGAGGGCCAGCAGGGGGACUUCAGGCUGCUGUGCUGCGACACGGCCGGCCAGACUGUGGCACGAGGAGGCGACCACGUCCUGGUCAGCAUCCUGCACCGGGACAUGAAGAACUGCACGGUGGACGCCCGCGUGCAGGACAAUGAGGACGGCUCCUACACCGUGUCCUACACGCCGCAGGAGGCGGGGCUCUACUCCGUGUGGGUGUGUGUGCGAGCACAACACGUGAAGGGUUCUCCCUUCCUGCUGAGCGUGCAGAAGAAGCUGCGGCGUCACGCUGGCACCUUCCACUGCUGCUCCUUUUGCUCCAGCCAGGGAGCCAAGGAGGCUCGCUGUGCUUGUCCAGGGACUAUGCCAGGAGGGUUCCAAGGUUGCGGCCACAGUCACAAAGGGCAUCCUGGGAAGCCGCACUGGUCCUGCUGCGGAAACACCGUCGAGAAGUCCGAAUGUUUGCCCGCCAGCGUCCUCAACGCCGUCUCUGCCGGCAGCUGCCUGAAAACCGUCGAGCUCUGAGAGGACAAAUGGAUUGUGUUGGUCCCCAGCAGGAAGUGACAGCAGCCAGUAAAACCUCACCUUUUGGAGGUAAAAAUGUACCUGAAAGUGCCAACAAUGACUUUUAAGACAAGAAUACAUCUUUUUUUAAUGACAUUUUAGCAAUAAAACUCACAGCAGGGCUAUUCCUACUUCUUUUGGCAUAUUCAUUCAUGAAAUGAUAAUAAUGAGCUAGAAUAUGCAAUUAUGGGAGAAAUUGCGUGUGAAAUCUUUAUGUGCACAAGCCGCAGAAAGGAGCAAGUUCAACAGAAAUGCUAAUCUUAACAUGCUAGCAUGCUAAUGUUGCUAUGCAUGUGUCUAGUGCCAAGUUGUAUGAGUCUGACCUCUACAGCUGCAAAGUUGGCUAAAAGAGUUGGCAGGCUAAUAGCUUAGUAAUGUUAGCAUGCUAAAAGUUAACGUGUCAAGUAUCAAGGUUUAUGACUGAGGUGUACGGCGGCAAAGUUGACGAAAAAGUUAGCAUUCUAAUAGCUUAGUGAUGUUAGCAUGCUAAAAGUUAACGUGUCAGGAAUCAAGGUUUAUGACUCUAAGGUGUACGGCAGCAAAGUUGGCUAAAAAGUUAGCAUGCCAAUAUUAACAUAGUAAUGCUAGUAUGCUAGCAGUUAGCAUGUGUCAAGUCCCAUGUUACAUGACUCUGAGUUGCACAGCUGCGAAGUUGGCUAAAAGAAUUGGCAUGCUAAUAGCAUAGUAAUGUUAGCAUGCUAAAAGUUAACGUUUGUCAAGUAUCAAGGUUUAUGACUCAGGAGGUGUACGGCGGCAAAGUUGGCUAAAAAGUUAGCAUGCUGAUAGUUUAGUGAUGUUAGCACGCUAAAAGUGAACAUGUAUCAAGGUUUAUGACCCUGAGGUGUACGGCGACAAAGUUGGCUAAAAGGUUAGCAUGCUAAUAUUAGCAUAGUAAUGUUAGCAUGCUAAAAGCUACCAUGAGUCAAGUACCAAGUUGUAUGAGUCUGACGUCUACAGCUGCACAGUUGCCUAAAAGAGUUGGCAUGCUAAUAGCGUAGUGAUGUUAGCAUGCUAAAAGUCAACAUGUGUCAAGUAUCAAGGUAUAUGACUCUGAGGUGUACGGCGGAAAAGCUGGCUAAAAGGUUAGCAUGCUAAUAUUAGCAUAGUAAUGUUAGCAUGUGUCAAGUCCCAAGUUACAUGACUGAGUUGCACAGCUGUGAAGUUGGCUAAAAGUGUUGGCAUGCUAAUAGCAUAGUAAUUUUAGCAUGCUAAAAGUUACCAUGAGUCAAGUACCAGGUUGUAUGAGUCUGAUGUCUACAGCUGCAAAAUUGGCUAAAAGAGUUGGCAUGCUAAUAGCUUAGUAAUGUUAGCAUGCUAAAAGUUAACGUGUCAAGUAUCAAGGUUUAUGACUGAGAUGUACGGCGGCAAAGUUGGCUAAAAAGUUAGCAUGCUAAUGUUGGCUUUUUAGCAAAGUAAUGUUAGCUUGCUAACAAUUAGUAUGUGUCGAGUAUCAAAUUAUAUGACUGAAAUGUAUGGCUGCAAACUUGACUAACAAGUUCACUUAUUUUCAUAUGCUAGCAUUUGAUCAAAUUUUAUUUGUGUGAACCAAGUCACGAUCUAAAAAAAUGCUAACUUUCCCGAUGCUAAUGUGAGAAUGUUAGCAUGUUAGCACAAUAAUGUAAGCAGGCUAACAGAAUGUGUAAAGUACCAAGUUAUAUGUCAGUGACGUGCAGUCAGGGGAGGCAGGUGAGGCACUGCCUCACCUGCCAUCAUGGAAAGAAAAAAUAAUAAUUAAAUUGUUAUAUGUAUCCAGUGAUUGUACUUUAUAAAGUUAUUUUCCAUUUAACUUCACUAGUUUUAGAUGAUUUUUAUUCAAAAUGGCUGAAUUUUCACAUUUGCCGUAUAAAUACUGAGAAGACACUUGCGGUGAGUCACAGCCAGUUGAGCCUCCCCGUCCCCGUGGAUUGCGCAAUGACUCUGCUAACUGCUGGCUGCUGUGCAGUGAGACUGUAUUGCUAUAUGAAUUAUAUUAUACAUUUCCAUAGUUUAGUUAGCUUAGGUAUAUAAUGUACAGUGUAUUUUGUCAACAACUGUAUGUGAGUAACGUAUUUCUUGUGCUGAGCAAUCAUAAAACGGCUGCGAAGACACACUGUGUGAGGCACCUGUUCUCUCGCCUCAUGGUGAUAGAGGGCGCUAGUGAUCCCAGGGAUCAUACUUGCGAUUACUCGGCUGCAGAAUAAGUGACAACAAGCUACAGUUAGCAAGUCAAGUGCAGCGGCAGCGAUCGUUUAUUUUUUCCUCUCCCCUGGACUUUUAACACGGAUGAUUACAUAUAUCUAAAAUAAAACCGUUUUCUAAACUGGACUUUCAAUCGAAGCAGGAGGUAAUAAUUAAAGGAAGACCAACGCCGGAGCUAAAAGGUUUGCUUCAGACACUGAUCUCCACUCAAGACCAUACUUGCCAACCCUCCUGGAUUUUCCGGGAGACUCCCAAAAUUCAGCGCCCCUCGAAAACAUCCCGGGACAAAUUUUCUCCCGAAAAUCUCCCGAAAUUCAGGCGGAGCUGGAGGCCACGCCCCCUCUAGCUCCAUGAGAGACUCAGCAAUGUUGUGAACCUCUUAAUCAGGACAAUAUCGCCAUCUGCUGUAUAUAGAAUAGAAUGGAAUGUGCUUUAUUGAACCCUGGGGGAUAUUUAGCACCAUAGUUUGCUCACAAUAAACAAUGUUAAUAUAAUAUAUUAUAAUUUAUCAACAACAUUGUAGUGUUGGAUGAGCUUCAUUAAUUGUCUUUACUCAUAGAUGUCAAGAAAUGCUGUCACCCUGUAUGAUCAUUACCAGCAAUGACCAUAUUUUUAAACACAACCACACAAGUGAAAGCAAUGGAUACUUAGUCAACAGCCACACAGGUCACACCGAUGGUGGCCGCAUAAACAACACCAACACUGUCACAAACAUGCACCCCACUGUGAACCCACACCAAACAAGAACAACAAACUCAUUUCGGGAGAACAUUAGCACCGCAACACAACAUAAACACAACAGAACCAAUACCCAGAACCCUUUGCAACACCAACUCUCAACAAACCCAAUAAGGUGGGGGCUGUGUAGCGUCCCGGAAGAGAUGGAGAAAUCGGAGGUCUCAAGGUUGGCAAGUAUGCUCAAGACAGAGAGACUUUUAAAACUGAAGAAAGAUCAGGAAUACUUCUAUAAACAAGUUAUCAAUGCUUUUGUUCAGAAGGAGUGUCACAUUGACUUCAUUUAUAAGUAAAGGUAAGACCAUGAUAACGUUUUUAUUUAUUAAAUGUGCUUUUUUGUUUGCUACAGUUUGUAUGUGUAAAGAAUGCUGGUAGGAGCUUUUAAACAUAACCUUUUAACUGCUGCCAAUCAAAUGGUGAAUAAGAUACUCUUUAGGGUUCAUAUGUUUAUAAAUCUGACUGUGAUGAAGUCAGUGCCUCACCAGCCAUGAACCUCACCGCACGUCACUGGUUACAUGACUCUUGAGUUGUACAGCUGCAAGUUGGCUAAAAGUUAGCAUGUUAAUGUUAGUAUGAUAUUGUUAGCAUGCUCAAAGUUAGCAUGUGUCGAGUAUCAAAUUAUGACUCUGACGUGUAUGGCUGCAAAGUUGGCUAAAAUAAUGUUAGUAUGCUCAUAUUAGCAUGUUACCAUUGUAAUGUUAGCAUGCUAACAGUAUGUAUCAAGUACCAGGUUUUAUGACUCCAAGGUGUACAGCUGCAAAGUUGGCUAAAAAAAGUUAGCCUGUUAAUGUUAGCAUAACAAUAUUAUCGUGCUAACAGUCAUCACGUGUCAAGUAUCAAGGUAAAUGGCUCAAAUGUACAGCUACAAAGCUGGCUAAAAAGGUUAGCACGCCAACAGUUAGCAUGUGUGAAAUACCAAGUUUAAUGACUCUGAGAUGUUUGGCUACACAGUUGGCUAAAAAUGUUAGCACGCUAAUGUCAGCAUAGUAAUGUUAGAAUGCUAACAAUACAGGACUGUCUCAGAGAAUUACAAUAUUGUGAUAAAGUCCUUUAUUUUCUAAACAUGAAAAUGUCAUACAUUCUGGAUUCAUUACACAUCAACUGAAAUAUUGCAAGCCUUUUAUUAUUUUAAUAUUGCUGAUUAUGGCAUACAGCUUAAGAAAAGUCAAAAAUCCUAUCUCAAAAAAUUAGAAUAUUUCCUCAAACCAAGUAAAAAAGAUGUAUGCCAUAAUCAUCCAUUCAUCCAUCCAUUUCCUACCGCUUAUUCCCUUUCGGGGUCGCAGGGGGCGCUGGCGCCUAUCUCAGCUACAAUCGGGCGGAAGGCAGGGUACACCCUGGACAAGUCGCCACCUCAUCGCAGGGCCAACACAGAUAGACAGACAACAUUCACACACUAGGGCCAAUUUAGUGUUGCCAAUCAACCUAUCCCCAGGUGCAUGUCUUUGGAAGUGGGAGGAAGCCGGAGUACCCGGAGGGAACCCACACAUUCACGGGGAGAACAUGCAAACUCCACACAGAAAGAUCCCGAGCCUGGAUUUGAACCCAGGACUGCAGGAACUUCGUAUUGUGAGGCAGAUGCACUAACCCCUCUGCCACCGUGAAGCCUAUGCCAUAAUCAGUAAUAUUAAAAUAAUAAAAAGCUUGCAAUAUUUCAGUUGAUGUGUAAUAAAUCCAGAAUGUAUGACAUUUUCAUGUUUUAAGUUGCAUUACAGAAAACAAAGGACUUUAUCACAAUCUUCUAAUUCUCUGAGACGGUCCUGUAUGUGUCAGGUACCAAGUUGUAUGAUGACUCUGACGUGCACAGCUGCAAAAAUGGCUCAAAAAGUUAGCCUGUUAAUUUUAGCAUGCUAAUAGUCAAGUAGCAUGUCAAUUGACUCGGAGGUGUACGAAGGCAAAAUUGACUUUAAAAAAGUUAGCAUGGAUUUUUAGCAUGCUAACAUUAGUAUGCUAACUGUUAUAAUGUAACCAGUACUAAGUUAUGCCUUUGAGGCGUACAAUUGCAACAUUGACAUUGUUUGCUGAACAAAAGCGUCAUCCCUCCUUUAAAUGAGUCACUUUUCCAACAUUUUACUGUUACUAACAAUUAUUAAUAUUACAUUAUUUAUAUAUAUAUAUAUAUAUAUAUAUAUAUCCGAUGAGGUGGCGACCAAUUGUAGCUGAGAUAGGCACCAGCGAACCCAAAAGGGAAUAUGUAGUAGAAAAUAGAUGUAUACAUAUAUAUAUAUAUAUAUAUAUAUAUGUAUAUAUAUAUAUACAUCCCACGAUUCGAUAAUAUAUCGAUUUUUUUCUAUUCGAUUCUCGAUUUAAAAACGAUAUUGUUCCGAUUCAAAAUGAUUCCGUAUUCAUUCAAUACAUAGGGUUUCAGCAGGAUCUACCCCAGUCUUCUGACAUGCUAGCAGAGUAAUAGAUUUAAAAAAAAAAAAAAAAAAGCUUUUAUAAUUGUAAAGGACAAUGUUUUAUCAACUGAUUGCAAUAAUGUAAAUUUGUUUUAACUAUUAAACAAACCAAAAAUAUGACUUAUUUUAUCUUUGUGAAAACAUUGGACACAGUGUGUUGUCAAAUUUAUGAGAUGCGAUGCAAGUGUAAGCCACUGUGACACUAUUGUUCUUUUUUAUUAUUUUUAUAAAUGUCUAAUGAUAAUGUCAGUCAGGGAUUUUUAAUCACUGCUAUGCUGAAAUUAUAACUAAUAUUGAUACUGUUGUUGAUAAUAUUCAUUUUUGUUUCACUACCUUUGGUUUGUUCUGUGUCGUGUUUGUCUCCUCUCAAUUGCUGUUUAUUGCAGUUCUGAGUGUCACUGGGUCAGGUGUGGUUUUAAAAUUGGAUUGCAUUGUUAUGGUAUUGCUGUGUAGUGGUUUGUUGGAUUGAUAAAAAAUAAAAAAAAUCAAUCUUUUUAAAAA